GCCAUCAAUACCAAGACGGUAAGAGAAAGGAAGGCACGGGGUUGACUGCGCCUGGCAAAAGCCGAUGACGCUCUUCCUGUGCUUCUUUAAGGUGCUGUUCUCUUUUGCCCUUCCUCCGUGCCGCCUCUUAGAUUGAUCAUUGCUUUUCUUCAUUCCUUGACCUCCACCAGGCUCCGUUUUCGAGAGUGGCUUUGGCAAGCUCCUCGCCUGUCAGUCGCCAACACAAGGAUCCUUCCCUUUCCUCCGACCUGUAACAGUCGUAGCUUGAUAUUGAUUUCGCCGACUUACACGCAGAGACUAUCCCUCCUCAACCACCUCUCGAUCUGUGUCGCACCACGCCUCUCGCAAUGGCAGAGGAAGACGUGGAAAAGGACGCCAUGGCGGUUCCGGCUAGCGGCACAAAUAUCGCUUCCGACAGGGUGGUAGCGCCAUCGCCCAGUGGUACCAGAUCAUCAUCGACGUCGUCGACAUCCUCCUCAGAAGACCUAGAAGAAGCGCGUCAGCGGGUGCGCCAAAACAACCCCAAUGGCAUGUCCAGGGUCAACACGGGUGUGUCGGUCGAACAAGCUGAAGCAGACUUCGUCGGCUUGCAGCGCGAACUAUCGAUGGCUAGUCGAAGGAGCAGCCGGGCCAGUUACGCUGGGCGCCCAGAUGCCGAUGUCGAGAAGAUGGCAGAAGGGACUCCCGACUCUGUCUCUACCGAAGAGCUAUUCGACUUGGAGUCGGUACUUCGUAGUGGGCUGGAUGCGGAAAGAGAGGCCGGCAUCCGGCCGAAGCACAUCGGGGUCUACUGGAAUGAUCUCACAGUGAAGGGGAUGGGGGGCACGGCUAAUUUCGUCGCGACCUUCCCUGAUGCUUUCAUCGACUUCGUAGACUGGUGGCAUCCAUUGAUGUCACUCAUCGGCAAGGGUGCCAAGGGCACCGAAGUCACAAUAUUGGACAAUUUCAAAGGCGUGGUGAAGCCCGGCGAGAUGGUAUUGGUUCUGGGGCAGCCAGGGUCCGGCUGUACCACCUUCCUGAAGUCAAUUGCAAACCAACGCUACGGCUACACCGAUGUGUCUGGCGAGGUCUUGUAUGGUCCCUUCACGGCCAAGGAAUUUGAUCAAUAUCGAGGCGAGGCAACCUACAACCAAGAAGAUGAUAUCCACCACGCAACACUCACCGUGGAGCAGACGCUCGGCUUCGCGCUCGACACCAAAAUGCCUCAGAAGUUACCAGCAGGGACGACCAAGAGCAAGUUCAAGGAAGACGUCAUCACUAUGUUGCUUAAAAUGUUCAACAUCGAACACACUCGCAACACCGUGGUUGGUAAUGCUGUGGUCCGCGGUGUAUCUGGAGGCGAACGGAAGCGGGUUUCAAUCGCAGAGAUGAUGAUCACCAAUGCCUGCAUCCUGUCCUGGGAUAACAGUACUCGUGGUCUCGACGCCAGUACCGCCCUCGACUUCGUCAAGUCCUUGCGGGUCCAAACAAACCUGUACCAGACGGCGACAUUUGUCUCCCUAUACCAGGCCUCGGAGAACAUCUACCGACAAUUUGACAAAGUCAUGGUUCUCGAUUCCGGCAAGCAGGUGUAUUUCGGUCCUGUAGGUGAGGCACGCAGCUAUUUCGAAAACUUGGGUUUCGCGCCGAGACCACGACAGACUACUCCUGACUACUUAACCGGAUGCACGGAUGAGUUCGAGCGAGAGUACUCUGAGGGCUACUCGCCUGAAAAUGCACCGCACGACUCCCACACGCUCUUGGAGGCUUUCAAGACGUCAGCCUACAGCCAGCGCCUGGAUGCGGAGAUGGCAGAGUACAAGGCCAACUUGCAUUUGGAAACGGCUAAGCAUGAUGACUUCCGUGUUGCCGUUGAAGAAAGCAAGCGGAGCGGAGCGAAACGCUCCGUCUACAAUGUCGGCUUCCAUUUACAGGUUUGGGCAUUGAUGAAACGUCAAUUCGCCCUCAAAUUGCAAGAUCGACUUGGUCUGAUCCUUUCAUGGGUACGCAGUAUCGUCAUUGCUAUCGUCCUCGGCACACUUUAUUUCAAUCUCGGUCAAACGUCAGCAAGCGCGUUCAGCAAAGGUGGUCUGCUCUUCAUCGCGUUACUGUUCAAUGCGUUCGAGGCCUUUUCCGAACUAGCCAGUACCAUGAUGGGUCGAGCUAUAGUGAACAAACACAAAGCUUACGCCUUCCAUCGCCCUUCCGCCUUGUGGAUAGCGCAGAUUUUCGUCGACACGGCCUUCUCGGCGGCCCGAAUCAUGGUGUUCUCCAUCAUCGUAUACUUCAUGACCAAUCUGACCAGAUCAGCUGGCGCGUUCUUCACAUUUUACCUGUUGAUCAUGGCCGGCAACAUCGCCAUGACGCUAUUCUUCCGUAUCGUUGGGUGUGUCAGUCCCGACUUCGAUUACGCCAUCAAAUUCGCCGUCAUGAUCAUUACCUUGUUCAUCUUGACAUCUGGAUAUUUGAUUCAGUAUCAGUCACAACAAGUGUGGCUGCGCUGGAUCUUCUGGGUGAAUGCGCUGGGCUUGGCCUUUUCCAGUCUUAUGGCGAAUGAGUUCGGCUCCAACCGGCUAACGUGCACGGCGGAUUCUCUGGUCCCCUCGGGGCCUGGAUAUGACGAUGUCAAUCAUCAAGUUUGUACCUUGCCAGGUUCAACUCCUGGUACUACUGAUGUGAUCGGUGGUGCGUACAUUACCCAGGGCUUCUCGUAUGCGCCUUCGGAUCUGUGGAGAAACUUUGGCAUCAUCAUGGCGCUCAUUGUUUUCUUCUUGAUUAUGAACGUGGUGCUCGGGGAGUUUGUCAACUUUGGCAUGGGUGGCAAUACGGCAAGGGUCUUCCAGAAGCCCAAUGAAGAACGAAAACGCCUGAAUGAAGCUCUAGCCAACAAGCGACUCCAGCGCCAGGCGUCCAGAAAAGAGGAAGAUUCUACGACUCUCACCAUCAAAUCCAAGAGUGUUUUGACCUGGGAGAAUCUUAACUACGACGUACCGGUACCUGGUGGCACGCGCCGUCUGCUCGAUAAUGUCUUUGGAUACUGCCAGCCUGGCCAGCUCACUGCUCUCAUGGGCGCAUCCGGCGCUGGCAAAACGACUCUCUUGGAUGUGCUUGCUGCGCGCAAGAACAUUGGUGUCAUCAACGGUGACAUUCUGGUCGAUGGUGUCAAGCCCGGAAAAGAGUUUCAGCGAUCUACUUCCUACGCUGAACAGCUUGAUAUGCACGACCCUUCGCAAACAGUUCGAGAGGCUCUCCGAUUCUCCGCCGACUUGCGCCAGCCCUUCACAACGCCGCAGGAAGAGAAGUACGCCUACGUCGAGGAGAUCAUCGCACUUCUGGAGAUGGAACACAUCGCCGAUUGCAUUAUCGGCUCCCCCGAGGCCGGCCUGACUGUCGAGCAGCGGAAGCGGAUCACCAUCGGUGUGGAACUGGCAGCCAAGCCUCAACUUCUAUUGUUCUUAGACGAGCCAACUUCCGGACUGGACAGCCAGAGUGCCUUCAACAUUGUGCGAUUCCUGAAGAAACUCGCUGCUGCUGGCCAGGCUAUUCUUUGUACGAUACAUCAACCUAACGCCGCUCUGUUCGAGAAUUUUGACCGGCUCUUGCUUCUGCAGCGAGGUGGCCAAUGUGUGUACUUUGGGGACAUUGGCAAGGACGCGGCCAUCCUGCGGGAUUAUCUGAAGCGGCACGGUGCUGUUGCCGGGGAGUCGGACAAUGUCGCUGAAUUCAUGCUCGAGGCCAUCGGCGCGGGAAGUGCACCUCGCAUGGGCAACAGGGAUUGGGCCGAGAUUUGGAAGGACAGCCCUGAACUUGCUAAUGUCAAGGAUACCAUUUCUCAGCUCAAGGAAGCCCGCAAGGGCAAGGAGAUAGAUCCGACCUUGCAACGCGAAUACGCCUCGCCUCUUAUGCAUCAACUCAAUGUGGUCAUCAAACGUACCAACCUGUCAUUCUGGCGAUCGCCCAACUACCUGUUCACACGUCUCUUCAACCACAUUGUGAUUGCCAUCCUUACCGGUCUCACCUUCCUCCAACUGGACGACUCGCGCGCCUCGCUACAAUACAAGGUCUUCGUAACCUUCCAGGUCACCGUACUACCCGCCCUCGUCAUCUCGCAGGUCGAAGUUAUGUAUCAUAUCAAGCGCAUCAUCUUCUUCCGGGAGCAAUCCUCCAAAAUGUACAACUCUUUCACCUUCGCCACCUCCAUGGUCCUGGCCGAGCUGCCCUACUCCAUCAUGUGUGCCAUCGUCUUCUUCAUUCCUCUCUACUACAUUCCCGGCUUCCAGUUCGAGAGUAGUCGCGCCGGAUACCAGUUCUUCAUGGUCCUCAUUACGGAGCUCUUCUCCGUCUCGCUGGGCCAACUCCUCGCGGCUCUCACGCCCUCGGCCUUCAUUUCUAGCCAGUUCGACCCCUUCAUCAUCAUCACCUUCGCGCUUUUCUGCGGCGUCACCAUCCCCGCCCCGCAGAUGCCCGGGUUCUGGCGCGCCUGGCUAUAUCAGCUCGAUCCGUUCACUCGUCUUAUCGGUGGUAUGGUCACGACGGCGCUUCAUGAACUCCCUGUCCGUUGCCAGAACAACGAGCUGAACCCGUUUCCCGCCCCCGACGGCCAGAAUUGUGGCGAGUACAUGCAGGACUUCUUUAACAAUGGCGGCGUUGGCUACAUUGUCGACAAUGUUACCAGUGCGUGCGAGUACUGCGCAUACAAAGUUGGCGACCAGUUCUACGAGCCGCUGGGUUUUAGCUUCGACGACCGGUGGAGGGAUUUGGGAAUUUUCCUUGCUUUUGUGGGGAGUAACUUGGUUAUCCUAUUCUUAGGAAGCCGAUUCCUUAACUUCAACCGCCGAUGAGCGAGGGUUAGCCAAUGUUCCGAUAAUACUUAGUAAGAGAUUUCACCAAAUCUCGGGUUUAAAGAUUUCGGUUUUAAAGAAGCGUAUUCCGGGUAGAUUGGCCUCAAUCCCACAAGCAAACAGACAGUCGAGUGUUUCAGUAUUUCAGCAAUUUAAUUACAGCGGUUGGGUCGAUUAGCAGCGAAUACGGGAUAGAAAUAGACUGAAGAGGUAGCCGAACUCGGAGAGAAGUCCACGAUCGCCCCAACAGUGUAGAAGAGGCGAGAAGAAUAGUGGUACAAUGAAUCCUGAUAUAUUCUCUGGACUUGAAUGAUUCACAUGGUGCUAUGAAGAACAACAUCAAAGCCGAGAUGCCAUUUACUUCUGGACGUCUUAGUGUUACUAUUGGAUUGUGGGCAAAUGGUCU